UAUGUGUGAACUUUUUCCAAAUAAUUUCACUUAUUCAUUUUUUAUAAAUAUCAUAGUAUGAUUAAAAAUGCCUUAAUACUAAUAGUGCACGAAUCGCUUGCGCGUUAAAAUUGUUUUUGGGAAAACUUAUACAAAAAACUAAGCGCGCAUGCUAUUAGCGAUAAAACUGAUGGUAACUGGGGAGUGGCAAGAAAAAAGAAGAAUAACAUCUAUACCAACAAAUAACCUGACAAUUCCAUUAAAUAAAUAAUAUUUAUUUACAUACACACAGGAAUUUUAAAUUUAUUUGUCGGAAUUAUUUAUUUUGCCAGUUAUUGUAACUUUGAAAUGGAACCACCAGGAAUGGAUAGUGGUCUAGAAUUUCCAAAAAAUCCUUUGCUGUGUCCUAUAUGCCAUGAUUAUUUUACAGAACCUUGUAUUCUUAGUUGUUAUCAUACAUUUUGUGCUAGGUGCUUGAGAGGGAAAGAACAAGAUAGACGCCUAAUUUGUCCAUUCUGCAGACAAGCAACGAUGCUGAAAGACGGAUCAACACUGCCCCCGCCGGAUUUAUUAAUGCGACAAUUGAUUGAUAUUGCUAAUAGUGAAAACCCACCUUGUUCAAAUUGUGACAAACGUGAUCGAUCAAAUAUGUAUUAUUGCAACACUUGUGGGCAAGCUUUAUGUCUUCACUGCCGAGAAAAUACUCAUAGAGCUAAAAUGUUUUCUACUCAUGACGUUGUACACAUGAGUAAAUGUACAAAGGAAGCUAAAAAGUGUCCUCAACACGGUGAACAUUAUAUAAUGUUUUCUCCAUUACAAAAUACGAUGUUGUGCGUUAAUUGUUUCCGUGAUUUGCCCAACGAAAUUCGUACUCAAUGCGUUGAUAUCGAUACUGCCCAUACUCAAGCAGCAAAACGUCUAGAGAGGGGUCAGAACGCUAUUAUGGAUCUACAAACUUCUGUUCGAGACGGUAUAAUCGCUCUUAAAGGUUUAAUGGACGAGUUGCGAAGGAAUAUGGAUAGUGAAAAACAUACCAUAAACACUUUUUGUCACGGUAUGCAAGAAGCCAUGGCCAAAACUCACGCUACGAUGAUAAUGGAAGUACAAAGACAGUAUGAGAGUAAAGAAAGGAUUUACAGAAGUCAACUUGUAGUGUUAGGUACUGUGAUGCCGGUUCUUCAGUUACAUUUAGUUUUGUGUACGACUUUUACGGCGGCUGCGAAUAAAUAUCAAUUUUUGGAAUUGUGUCCUUCGCUUAUCGAAAGAUUAUCUGCUGUAGGAAACUUGAGCCAACCGGUUAGGUCUCUGCAGUCUUCUCAGAUAAAAACUAAUUAUAGAAGUGAGUUUGCGCAAAGUCUAGAGCCCUGGAUAGGUCAAGCAGCGGUUAGUCAACAUCAAUCUGAAUUAGCUGCUACUUCGAGAAUGUACGACAGCGUCCCGCCGGCUACUAAAAAACAACAAACGGCCCUAAAAAAUAAACUUCUGGAAGGCGACAGCUCGUUUUCAACACAUUGUCGUUCGUUCGAGUCCCAAAUACGCGACCUCAAUCAACAAUUCAAUACGAUCAAAGAAAAAGUCGGCGAAUUGCACAAGGACAUUAGCGCUUUGAGGAAAGCGCAGACGCCGCCGCUAACAGCUCGCUACGAAAUGCUCAUCAGGGAAUGUUUGCAUCUCGACCAAAGUUUAGAAAGGCAGCAGAAGGAGCUCGACAGGAUGUCCUCGACGUUCGACGCUUCCUGGGAGGAGCAACUGUGGAGAUUGAGAGUCGAACAGGAAGUUUUCAGUUGUCAAAGGGCGGAUGUUAAUGCGUUGAGGAACGAAUUGAAACACCUAAGUCAGGUAGUGGCGGCCCAAUUGGAACCUUUCAUUAGGAGUUUGGUGAAUCAACAGCCUAGUCAGGGUGAACAAAGUCAGGGUGGUACUUCGAACGAACAAGCACAACAUCUGGCGUCCCUUCUCGAACACAUCGGUAUUUUACAACAAUCCGAUGCAUCUUUAGGUAAAAUUCCACGUUCACGUAGUAGAGUACUUGGUCAAUUACUCGAAAAAGUCCGUCCUAAUAUACAAGAAAGAGAACGUAGUAAAUCUGCGGGUCAAAGCGACAAACCGAUAACCGUUUCACAGAAAGCUACACCGAAAAAACAGUUCUUAAUAAGUCAGCAAAUGAGCAUUGAUCGUUUAGAAGCGCAAAUAAAAGAAAAAAUUCAAGACAUCUUGAGUAGGAGGCAAAGUCAACCGUCUUCUAAAUCCGAUACAGAGACCGAUAGAAAAUUGGCCAAAGAUGAUAGAAAAAUGAGUAGCACCGACUCCAUAGGUAAAAUGAAUUCGAAGCAAAGAAUAAUGUAUAAAAAAAUAACGAAAAGCUGUGAUAAAAUUAAUACUGGCAGUAAAUCUGAUACUGAAACUAGAAAACCAAGAUCGGAACCAGGAUAUCAGAGGAUAUCUGAAGCUACAAGUAGAUCGAGUCCUAGUAGUCCGAAAUGUAAAAACAAAGGAAUUUUACCGCCUGCAAAACCCCAAAAAAAGAAGGUGUAUCCUUAUAGUGACGGUGAAGAUAACGUUUUUUACUCGAUGCACGAUUCCGCUGACUCUUUGAGCACCUCAAGCAGAAGGUCCAGUUUCGAAGGGCCGGAUAAAACUUUGGUUGUCGUUAUAAAUAGGAGGAAUAAGAAUAUGUCGAUGGCGCAGAAACAGAGGAGUUGGGAGACUUUUCCUCCUAAACGUAAACAUCACGUUUGCCAACAGAAAUUGUCUGUACCUACACCGAUGGCUCCCCUAAGGAAAGCUGAUAGUUUCGAAGGUCAUGAAGAAGCGGUUAAAAGCCUCGUGGCCGCGGUUCAGGAAACUAGACGGAAACCUAGGGGAGGUAAUUAACCGAUAGAGAAGAGGGAUUGUUAUGAGUAUACGGGAAUUUUGGUCUACGAGGUCUAUACAGAUAAUGGGAAAUGAAUGGUACCAGAAGGAAUUUCGUUUAUAUUCAUAAUUUUAAUUGGGAUUUUUUUUUGACGAAAACAGUCAUAAUAAAAAUCCAUUGUUUUGGUUGUAUGUGCUAUCAGAAAAAUUAAUUCUUCAUUUUAAAACCUUGGUAAUCGAAAAAGAAUGGUACAGGGUCUUUACACUGAGAAAAAGUUAUUUUAUACGCUAAUACUUCUACUUUAGAUCUUUACACUAAGAAAAAGUAAUUUCAUACACUAAUGCUAUUACUUUGGGUCUUUACACUGAGAAAUAUAACAGAAUUUCAUCGAUUAUUCUACUUUUUGACUUAACACUAAGAAAAAAUAAUGUUUACUUUGAGUUUUGGUCUUUACAACAUGAGAAAAAUAAUUUAUUUUAAUAAAUAUACAAACUUUAAAGUUUAUACUGAGAAAAGGGAAUUUUUAAACACUAAUGCUUCUACUAUGGGUCUUUACACUAAGAAAAAUAACGAAAUUUCAUCUAUUAUUCUACUUUUUGACUUUACACUAAGAAAAAAUAAAGUUUACUUGGAGUUUUGGUCUUUACAUCAUGAGAAAAAUGAUUUAUUUUAAUAAAUAUACAAAUUUUAAAGUUUACACUGGGAAAAUAUAAUUUAAUAUACUAAUGCUUCUACUUUACACUGAGAAAACUAACGAAAUUUCAUCAAUUAGCCUACUUUUCGUCUUUACACUAAGAAAAAAUGAUAAUUACUUCAAAUUACUUAUCUGAGAUGCUUAGAUUUCUUCCAUAUCAACUUAUUUUUAAAUAACAAAUGAAAUAAUUGUUCAAUAAUGGAAUUUUAUAUUGAUAUUUAUAAGAAUAAUGUUUUUUGCCAAUUUGAAACACUAACAUUUACAUUAAGAAGUUUUGUAAAUCUUUUUAUAAUUUUUUUUUGAUAAUACUUGAAUAUAAAAGUUUCUGUUACGAUUAUUUGAUCCUCGCGUAUGUUUUCUUCCUCCACUAUAUAAGAUAUUAUGGCACAUAACGAUAAAAUUAUAGCAGUCUGUAAGAUAUAAUUUAAAAUGAAAACUUGAACAGCAAUUCGAUUCAAUUAAUUAAAAAAUCGUACUUUACAACCUUCAGUAAGUAUAUAGACACCAGCCGUCAGGAAGAAGAGGUAUCGAAAGACACUAACAGAAAUUAAGAAGUUAAAACGAAGGAGAAAGAAGAGAUACCAACAGAAAGUAACAGAAAACAAUAGAACUCCAGUGUACACUAGCAAAUACCAAUAAGAAGAUGAAAUACCAACAGUAGACAAGAAGAAGAGAUACUAAUAGGCAUUGAAAGACACCGGAAAUUGAUUAACAGCAACGGAACUUCAACAGACACAAACAGAACUUACUCUAGCAGUUAUUAAUUAGCAGGAAAUAAAGAUAUCAACAGAAAGCAAUUCACUACCAUUAUACACUAGCAGUUACUACUACAAACACCAAAUGACAUGCAAAUCUACAGAAGGCAUUUAUUAAAAUUUUAUUUAAAAAAAAAUUGUUCAUAAUUGUAUCAAGUUUUUAUAGUAAAUGGCUCUUACUACUGCUGUAUCAAAUAAUUUAUUUUUCCUGUUAUUCUGUAUAUAAAAAAUAUAUUUGUUUGUGGAUAUUUACUGUAAUCUACAUUCCCUCUUUUAAAAUUUUAGGUAGCCAAUUUGUAGUCAUCAAAUAUCCAUAUUGUAUAAGAAAAUUUUAAAUAUAUUCAAUAUUGUUGUUAAAGUGCAAUUUAGAUAAAUGAUCGGUAGUUAAUGAACACAAUUUGUUUAUAAAUCGUAAUUUGUUAUAAUUAAAAUAUAUCGAUUUACAAACGUUA